AUUUUGGUUUUAGAUGUUAUCUGUGCUCGGGUGGCCGAAUUGUCAGUACUGGAUUAUAUUGACUUUGUUACACUUUAGUAUGCUAGGUAGAACGCUAAUGCGUAGAGUUGAUCAGGGGAUAUUUGAAAUGAGCAUGCUUGUAAGGCUAAAGUUUUUCUAUGUGACCUCUUAUUUUGCUUGCAGUUUCUUAACCUUAAUGCACUACAUUUGCUGCUGUAUCUAGAUCUUCUCAUGCUGCUGCACUGAGAUCUUUUCAAUCUUUUAAAGGAAGGCAGAAACAAUGAUAUGUCUUAAUUAUUGAGGUUUCUGAAAUAUUUGGGGACGGAAAUGAAGCUAGCUGCUCUGUUGACUUCUGCUGGUAUCAAUACUGCAGUGAGCGUAGUGCUGUUCUCCUUGUAUUCGGUUUUAAGGAAACAACCAAGCUUUGUAAAUGUUUACUUUGGCGCGAAGAUUGCUCAGGUACGAUCAAGACAGCAGGAUGCCUUUCACUUUGAUCGAUUCGUUCCUUCUCCAAGUUGGAUCCUAAAGGCAUGGGAGACAUCUGAUGAAGAAAUAUGCGCUACUGGUGGCUUGGAUGCAGUGGUAUUCGUGCGGAUGAUAGUUUUCAGUUUCCGAAUAUUCUCCAUUGCAGCUAUUGUAUGCAAUUUCCUUGUGCUCCCACUUAAUUAUUUUGGAAAAGAGAUGCAGCGUCACCAAAUUCCAGCUGAGACAUUGGAGGUAUUCACCAUUGCGAAUGUUGAGGAAGGGUCAAGAUGGCUUUGGGCUCACUGCCUUGCGCUGUACCUCGUAUCCUGCUGUUCUUGUUUUCUUCUUUACCUUGAGUACAAAAGCAUUUCAAGGAUGAGGCUGGCUUACUUUACUUCAUCUGUUUCCAACCCAAGUUAUUUCACAGUUCUUGUUCGUGCCAUCCCAUGGUCGCGAGAAGAAUCGUACAGUGGAACAGUGAAAAGAUUCUUCACAAAUUUCUAUGCAUCAAGUUUUUUAUCUCAUCAAAUCGUUUAUCGCUCUGGCUCUGUUCAGAAACUGGUGACUGAUGCAGGGAAGGUGUGCAAGAUGCUAAAACUAACGCCUAGGGAACCACAUAUUGGAUCAAAUUCCAUGAGAUGUGGUCUUUGUGGAACAACAGCAUCAUUCAGCAUGGUUCCCAUGGAUGAGGAAGGUGACAAAGGAAGAAGUGAUUUUGGUGGUUCAGAUUUGAGGAAAAAGGAGUCUGCAGCUGCUUUAGUUUUUUUCAGGAAUCGCUAUGCUGCUUUGGUUGCUUCUCAGAGCCUUCAAUCUCGAAAUCCCAUGUCAUGGGUCACAAAUCUUUCUCCAGAACCAGGUGAUAUGUAUUGGUCAAACAUUUGUGUUCCAUAUAGACUCCUUUGGAUCCGCAAAGUAGCUAUUCUUGUGGCCUCGAUGGCUUUGGUGGCAUUUUUCAUUGUGCCUGUUUCAUUAACACAAGGUCUUGUUCACCUCGACAAGCUUCAAAAGACAUUUCCAUUUCUUAAAGGCGUUUUAAAGAGGAAAGCAAUGAGUCAGCUGGCUACGGGAUAUCUACCAAGUGUCGUGUUAAUAAUAUUUAUGUACAUGGUUCCUCCAAUAAUGUUGCUAUUUUCUACAUUGGAAGGCUCUACCUCUCGUAGUGGCAGGAAGAGGAGUGCAAGCAUAAAAGUUUUAUGCUUCUUCAUCUGGAAUGUUUUCUUUGGUAACAUCCUCUCGGGGUCUGUGAUUGAGAGGUUCAGUAAGAUUUUUAAGGAUGUAAAUUACCUACUUGCAACAGCAGUACCAUCAACGGCCACCUUUUUUAUGACUUAUGUUUUGACAUCAGGCUGGGCAAGUCUAUCAUGCGAACUCAUGCAACCGUUUGGUUUACUCUGCAACUUAUUCUAUAUAUUUAUUCUCAGAAACAAGGAUGUCACUACAUAUGGCACAUUGACUUUUCCAUACCACACAGAAGUUCCAAGGAUCCUUCUAUUUGGGCUUUUUGGCUUUGUGUAUUCCACAUUGUCUCCUUUGAUACUGCCAUUCUUGCUGGUUUAUUUUUCCCUUGCUUACCUUGUAUACCGUAAUCAGAUCCUCAAUGUAUAUGUAACAAAAUAUCAAACUGGGGGAACUUAUUGGCCUAUUGUGCACAAUGCAACAAUUUUCUCAAUGGUGCUGAUGCAAGUUAUAGCCAUGGCAGUCUUUGGACUAAAAAAGUCUACAGUGGCGUCAAGCUUCGUAAUUCCGCUGAUAAUCUUGACACUCCUUUUCAAUGAGUAUUGCAGGCAAAGGUUUCAACCAUUAUUCAAGCAAAUCCCUGCUCAGAUCCUUAUCGAAAUGGACCGGCAGGAUGAGCAAAAUGGGAAAAUGAAAGAGAUCCAUCAAAAACUCACAACAGCUUAUACUCAGUUCAAAUCCAAUUCCCGCACGCUGGGUGAUCCUAUGCCCCCAAAUCAUAACAACUGCAGGCUUGAAGACCUAGAAAUUAAUCCAGGAAAAAGCCCUAUCCAUCAUCUCUCUUCUUAAUCGGUUCAACAUACGUUGUAAAUUGGAGAAUCAUAAUCAAGUAUAUGAAUUUCUGGGCAUUUACAUGAGGGAAUAUUGCCAGUCGUGAUUCUUCUAACUAUUUAUUUUUGGAGGAAGGGAAGAUGAUAUCUUGAAUAGAGACUUUAGCAUACACAGGAGAUAGUUAUAAGCACUUCUGGAGCUGCAAGAUUUUGGAAGUUUUUAGAUUAUCUCAGUCUCACAUAGAGAUGGGAAGAUGAACGUUAUUGAGUUUUUGUACAGAUGAUAGUUCCAUGAAUAAUGAAACCUUCUGUUAGAGUAUGAUGUUCUUACAUGUAUAGUUGAAAUACUUACAGGUUAUUCUAUCAGAGGAUUUUGUUUAUUCUAUCUUUUUGGCUAUAGUUGUACAUUUUA